GACGCGGUGGACAGGCUAAAGGAAGAACAGAUCAGGAGGAAAAAGCGAGAAGAUCGUCUUGAGAAAAUUCGCCAUAAUGUGCAGUUAAAAUAUGCAGCAAAGAGGAAAAGGUCUGAGGAGGACGAGACAAAGCGCCUGCUUCAGCUCAGCAAGGAGGUUCUUUCAGAGGGAGCUGGAAUGGAUGUUCUAGAGCAGCUGGACCGCAAUGAGGAGGAGCUGAUUCUUGCUGAAUAUGAGAGUGACGAAGAAAAGAAAAUGGUAUCUGGGCUGGAAGAUGAUGAUGAUUUGGAAGAGGAGCAUGUGACUAAGAUUUACUACUGCAGCCGCACUCACUCCCAGCUGUCUCAGUUUGUGCAUGAGGUACAAAAAAGUCCUUUUGGCAAAGACACACGUCUGGUCUCCUUGGGAUCCAGGCAGAACCUGUGUGUGAAUGAGGAGGUGCGACGCCUGGGAGCUCUCCAGCUUAUCAACGACCGUUGCAUGGAGAUGCAAAAGAACAAACAUGAAAAGAAGAGUGAUGAAGAGAUGGAAGGGAAGAAGAGGCGCGUGAGUCGCGCUGUAUGCCCGUUUUAUUCCUAUGAGCAAAUGCAGUUUCUCCGUGAUGAAGUUCUAGUGGAAGUGAAAGAUAUUGAGCAGUUGGUGACUUUGGGAAGGGAGACCAAAGCCUGCCCAUAUUAUGGGAGUCGAUUCCUGCUGCUCAGGUAAGGUGCACACCUGGUGGUGCUGCCCUAUCAGAUGCUCUUGCAUGAGCCUACUAGGAGUGCUGCUGGGAUCAAGCUGAAGGACCAGGUUGUAAUCAUCGAUGAGGCCCACAACCUCAUAGACACCAUCACCUGCAUCCAUAGUGCGGAGGUCAGCGGCUCUCAGCUGUGCUGUGCUCACUCCCAGCUGUUGCAGUACAUGGAGCGGUACAGGAAACGUUUGAAGGCAAAGAACUUGAUGUACAUUAAGCAGAUCCUGUAUUUGCUGGAGCGGUUUGUGGCCAUGCUGGGAGGUAAUGUGAACCAAAAUCCUAGCUGUCAGGCAGUUUCCCAAACAGGGACAGUGCUAAAAUCCAUCAAUGAUUUUCUGUUUCAGAGCCAGAUUGACAAUAUCAACCUCUUCAAGGUUCAGCGUUACUGCGAGAAGAGCUGGUACUGCCCUCUUUUCGGGUUUGUGGAGCGAUAUGGAGGCCUUGCCACAGCUGUGAAGACCAACAAGGAGAACCAGAAGUUGGCUGGUUUGCAGAACUUUCUUCUGACCCUCCAGCAGGGAUCUGAUAAAGAGGGUACUCACCAGAGCCCUCCCGUGGAGGCUGAGAACGACCAGCUCCGAACUGCCUCUCCACUGAUGCAGAUCGAAGGAUUUCUUUCAGCCCUCACCAAUGCAAACCAAGAUGGCCGAGUCAUUCUCAACAGGCAAGGCACAGUUGGUCAGAGCAGCCUCAAAUUUCUCUUGCUGAAUCCAGCUGUCCACUUUGCCAAAGUGGUGGAAGAAUGCCGUGCUGUAAUCAUUGCUGGAGGCACCAUGCAGCCG